GCAGAUUUCAUCUCGCCUGGUUUUCAUCGUCGAGUAAAUGAUUCACAAUCUUUUUAACUGACCCUGAAGGUUACCGUAGGGGUCAGUUAAUAGAUAAAAUGAAAUGAAAUUCCCACCCUGACGUCCCAGCAUUCUUUUUCAAAUUUAGGCUCUUAGACAACUCAAUGGAUCGCCUUAUUAUUCCAUUAAUCUUACGGCCAGAUUAUACCUGGCCACAGCGGAUGCAGUCUGCAAUCCAGCAGACUACCCCUCAAGUACCAGUUAGGCCCAGCAGAUGCACCAGAAUACUCUGGGGCAUCAUCCACAAGUUCCUUUACUACUUCUCUCAAUGGUACUGCUCUUGGUUUGGUCUCCUAUUCGAUGCAAAUAUCAUUCAAUUACCAUUUGGCCUUGUUAUGAAAUGGACAGACAGGACGAGUGUCGAGGAGGUGGUCUCAAUGCAAAUGGCAAGAUCUGCCGGAAUGCCUGUACCCAAAGUCAUCAGCUGUGGUGAACACCUAGAUGCUCCUUUCAACCGAAGAUUUUCUAUCUUGAUGACAAGGCUACCUGGUGUACCUCUUGCGAACUCGAACGAUAAACUACAAGUUGAUGCCGAUGAGCCUUGGCUGGAAGAGUUGAAAUCCUGUAUCACCUCCAUGCGAUUGUGGCAUUCUCCAGGGUCAGAGACAAUUUGCUCUCCCAUUGGAACUCACUUACGGAGUUCACGAGUUCCUGGGCACAUCAUGGGUCCUUUUUCCAGCAUAGAGGCUUUUUACAACUAUCUUUUUGCUCCAGCUUCAGCUCAUGCAUUCAAAUCCGAUGCUGAAUACCAAAAAACUCUGUCAUGUGCAAGAAGGUUACGGAGUCAUCGGCAUAGAAUUGUAUUCACUCAUGGAGAUUUUAAAGCGCACAACAUUCUUGUUGAUGAUGAUGGACAUUUAUCUGGGUUUCUUGACUGGGAAUCCGCAGGCUGGUAUCCAGAAUACUGGGAGUUUACUACAGCUAUGCGCUUUGGGAAAGAUAGCUGGUGGUUCCAAGUUGCCUCUUGGAUGGGUGGAAGACAAUAUCGGGAGGAGUUGGACUCCGAUGUGGCUCUAAAUCUAUUAACCGUCGACUCUUAUAUAGCCUUUUAGUGACUGAGGCUUCUAAACAUUAAGUUGGUAAUGUGAAUGCUAAGAAACAUACACGCAUUGGAUUUGGGUAACGAUCACGUGUUAUAAACGUGAAAGCAGAAAAACAAUGGAUAUACGCAAUUCUGCUCAACUCCAUCCUCG